GUUGAGAACGUCAAAGGCCGAUGGCACACGCAGAUUGCACGGAAACUGCUGCACACUCUGCCACUUUUGAAUUCACCGCUCGCACUCAGAGCCGCCUGUCGUGUGGGGCGCAUAACUCUUGCACCUACCCGCAUUGGCUGUCUAUUCGCCCUUGCCUGCAUUAUCCACCAUGGCCGUCGCGUCUGAGAAUGCCGCGUCGUUGCCCUAUCACGAGCCUGGCAUCGUGCUAAUCCUUGUGUUCUCGUCUUUUCUGUUACUGCUCAACGUCAUCAAUGCCAUACUCGACGGGGUUUUGUACUGCGGAUUGCUGGGUCAGGUCUUGAUUGGCAUCGCUUGGGGAACCCCGGGUGCCAAAUGGCUGUCAGCCGAAGUUGAAGAAAAUCUUGUCCAAUUGGGCUAUCUUGGCCUGAUCUUGCUCGUAUAUGAGGGUGGCCUACAUACUUCUUUCCAAUCUUUGAAGGCCAACCUACUGCUCUCAUCUGGAGUCGCUCUCACUGGCAUUUGCAUCCCCAUUGGUCUUUCAUACACACUCCAAGGUCUCCUCGAUGCCACUCCAGUGCAAGCCUUCGCUGCAGGUGCUGCAUUAUGUUCAACCAGCCUAGGAACUACAUUCACCGUGCUAGGCUCCAGUGGCCUCUCAUCCUCUCGUCUCGGUGUUGUCCUCACCAGUGCAGCUAUGAUGGACGACGUCGUUGGGCUGGUGAUGGUACAGGUCAUCUCCAACCUUGGCGGUGAGAACUUCAACGCUAUCACCAUCAUUCGCCCCGUUCUAGUGUCAAUUGCCUUUGCUGUCGUGGCCCCGGUUGCAUGCUUGUUCGUUCUUAAGCCCGUUACCUUGUGGCUCAACCGGUAUCGCGAGACUCACCCGAGUGCAGCACUAAAUGAUCUCCUGCGCAAGACACAGACCGCCUUCACGUUCCAUACGGCGCUCCUCGUUGCUCUCGUCGCUGGCGCUAGUUAUGCUGGCACAUCGAACCUGUUCGCAGCGUACAUUGCCGGCGCAACGAUCAGUUGGUGGGAUUCUGAGGUACCUCAUACUGACACCGUGACCAAAGCAAGGUCAGCACCUCCCAAAGGGAAGUCAGAGGCAACCACCAGUUCUAGCGAUGCUUCUUCAGGUUAUAUUGCAGGUCCUAGCAAUCGAAAGGAUGCAACUGCCUCUAGGACACCUGCCGAGAGCGCUCAGGCGGCACAGCCCACCCAAGCAGCAGACCUACAUGAAGAGAUAGACAAAUUGUGCGGCGCGGCCAUCUACGAGCAGUACUACUACCAAGCUGUGUCAAAAAUACUGCAGCCGCUCUUCUUCGCAUCGAUUGGUUUCUCAAUUCCAAUCACACGCAUGUUCCGCGGAGCAAUCGUCUGGCGAGGCAUCGUCUAUACGAUUCUCAUGGCGUUCGCAAAGAUAGUGUGCGGCCUAUGGCUUGUCAGACUAUCAGUCGCCCCAAUGAAAACUGUUCGCCGCCUGCUGAAAGAAUUCAAAUUUCCAUCUAUCCCUCACCUCUGGGGCAAGUCUAAAGCAGAGGUCACAGCGAGUCAAGUAUCUACUACCACCCCUAUUGGGCCGCCCACAGCUGAAACUGUUGCUGCUCCUUCAGCGCCGACAUCUAGUUGCGAACGAAGAAGCUCACCGAGCCCAGCAAAGCCCCUCUCCAUACAUCCGCCGCUCAUUCUUGCACUGGCAAUGUGUGCUCGUGGUGAAAUCGGCUUCUUGAUAUCUGCUGUCGCCGAGUCAAACGGCAUCUUCUCGCCAUCGGGAGUCACCUCAAGCGACCCGUCAGACAUAUUCCUCGUUGUCACCUGGGCAAUCGUGCUCUGCACUAUCAUUGGUCCUCUUGGUGUUGGACUGUCAGUGCGAAGGGUUAAGAAGCUUCAAGACCGGAAGAAUAAGCAGCAAGAAGGUGCUGGCAGGGAUGUACUUGGAGUAUGGGGCGUAGAGUAGGCUGCUCAGUCUACAGGGCAGACUUCACGAGUGUGAGCAUCCCUCUAUAGAAAUGAGGCGGAUUCCUUGUCUUGUUUCUACGGAAGUGGUUUCGUCCGGUUUGUUUGUCGUCCCUGCACCCAGUAAAUCCUCUUUCUUUGGCCUGGUCAAUUGCACUCAAGGUGCCUUUGAGCAAGUCAUUGAAGGCUCAAAGCGUUGAUCCAUUGCGCUCGUCCGUGGUCUGUGAGUAUCACAGAGACCACCAGCGUGGUUAAAUCAUUGACAGAGAGGUCAUAUGUCGAAUUCAGAAGUCGUGGCGGGGCGGCGGAGCUUGAAACGAGAUGUCACAGCGUUGUGAGAGUUGAUGGUCGCAGCCAGGCAGCACGAGCAAAACCAACUGCAAGAUGCAGCAGCACAUCCACCAUUGCAACAGCAGGGCGAUGCAUGCAACGAC